GCGAAAGGGCGGGAGUAGGCGAGGAGUCAGGGUCAGGGUGGAUAGUUAGCGCUUUGAAAUUCCAAUUUGCCCCCGAGGCGUGUGUAGCUGAGGUUUAAAUUGCUGAACGAAGUGAGCAGUCCUGCUGUUGCUUCAGCACACCCUCUCAGGUGUCUCCCUUUUGACUUGCGCCGGCACAGCGGCCAAGUCGACUGGCCGUGGCGAGACUAGCCUGUGGCUGAGGUGAUCUGAGGGAGCGUGAGAGCACGCCAUGUUCGUCCCCUGCUCGGGAUGGGGGCUGGGCUGCCUCCGGCUCUGUCUGCUCCGAGUGUGGGCCAGCGAGGUCGCGGGGCGCUGUGCGUGCGGGGCCUGUCAGGCCCGGCUGUACGGCUCAGGUGGGUCCCAGCCCGACGUCUCUCGGUCUGGUCCCGCGCGCCGGACUCUGAAGGAGUGGGCACUUCUGGUGAGCCCUUUCGGCCGGCUGCGGACGCGGCUCCCCUGCUCCCUAGCCGUGAGGCCCCUGGACCCUCUCACCUACCCGGAUGGUGACCACGUGCUGGUGGCGGUGAGCGGAGUGGAGGGUGGGGCCGUGGCCAGCCUGCAGGUGAGGUACGACGAGGCGCAGAAGGAGGUGGCCAUCGUGUCUGACGUCAUCGACCCCCAGGCGUCCGUGGAAGUGAACGCGCCCCUGAAGUUUGAUUUGAAUAUCAAGUCAUCAGGGUCUGGCUGUGUAAAAGUCGAAAAUAUUGAGUGUGAUAAUUGCAAAAUUGAAACUGAACAGGGGACCAGCAUCUUACAGUCAGUUAAGAGUCAAAAAUUACAUAUUCAAACAAAAGGAGGUAAAGUGAUCUGCCUGGGAACAGUUUAUGGAAAUAUAGAUAUUCAUGCAUCAGAUAAAAGUACUGUGACCGUAGAUAAACUGCAGGGAAGUUCUGUUAAUGUAUCUACUGAAGAUGGUUUGCUGAAAGCCAAGUGUCUUUACACAGAAUCAUCAUUUCUAUCUUCUGCUGCUGGAGAUAUUACAUUAGGAAGUGUUCAUGGUAAUAUAACGUUACAAAGCAAGAUGGGUAACAUCACAGUAGAUUCGUCUUCUGGAUGUCUAAGUGCCUCGACUUAUCAGGGUGCCAUAGAUGUUUAUGUCAGCCAACUGGGAAAAGUGGAAUUGAAAUCCCAUAAAGGAUCUGUUCUUGUCAAGGUUGCAUCUUCUCUUCAAGCUUAUUUACAGUUAUCAGGGAAAGAGAUUGAUGUGAACUCAGAAGUCCAUGUUGAAGAAAUGGAUGAAGCUCAUAAAGAUGACGGUAUAAUAAUUACUGGAAAUGGCCGUAUCCACUCCAGCUUCCAGCAGCCACCAGCCUAAUCAGUCAGCAGCCAUCAACACUGAAGCAAGACUCUCCACCAGCAAAAAGAUUAUUAAUUGCUAGUCAGAUAAUGGUUAGCAUUUUUUGUUUUACUCUUUAUAAAUUUUUAUUAUAUAAAAAAUUUAUAAAAUUUUAAAUUAUGCUUGUAAAUGGAUGCUGUGAGGAAGAUGCAUGCUUACCUCAUUGGUUAUUAUGAAGCUUCUUAGGCCAUUUAAUUAUUUUUCUGUUAUUUGUUACUAUAUCUUAUACUCUAGCCCCUAUUUCCUAAACCAGGAAGGACCAAAUUUUAGAGCAAAGUUUAUUUCCUGCCCACAGUCCAAGAAUCUGGGUACUGAUCAGCAAAUUUCUUUUGGAGAGUAGCACAUGAUGUACGAUGAGGUUGGGCCCCAGGUUGUCUCUGAUAGUAGAUUAAAUCCAUUAAAGUAAUCGUACAGAGGGACUUCAGAUAAACACAACAGUCUCCUGUGGAGAGAGCUGUAUGAACAAGUUAUUGAGUUUAGAGAAACUUUUGUUUCAUUUUGAUUCCAAAACUGGUGCCCAAAAGGCCACAGACCUUAUUUAUCAAGUGGAUAUCAAGUGGAAUAAUUUGAGGCCUAGAAAAUUAAAGCAGUUUGCUUUUUCUAUGGAGAUUUUCAAUCUGAAACCCAAGUUUGGAAGUAAUGAGCAACUUUAUGUGUCAGUUGUUAUUAUAGGCAGCUGAGCUCAGCUCUUUUGGGCCACCAUACAGAGCCUAUGAGGCAUAGAAACAGAAAUACUCUCACUGCUAAGAGGUCUGGAUUGUAUCUGUAGCAUGAUUUCUGCAAGAAACCAUGCCAAUAAACUUUAGUUCCUGGGGCUCAGGCUUCCCACAGGGUUUGAUGUGUCAGCCCUGUAAUUUUAUUUAAAUUCCUGCUCCAUGGUUUCCCUUGUUGUUGCCGUCACUGGUAAAUAACUGUGUGUUGUAUAAUUCUUUUUUUUUUUU